UGAGCGGCAGCCCUUAUCUCGAAUGCUAUGCCAACAAGACGUGGUCGCAUCCUCUGCCAGUUUGCAAGAUCAAUUCAUGUCCCGACCCGGGAACGCCGAAAAAUGGUGGGCGCGGUGGCGUCUACACCGUUUUGAGUACAAGACCAAGGUUUCCUUCCACUGUGACGUCGGAUACAAUAUGAGCGGCAGCCCUUAUCUCGAAUGCUAUGCCAACAAGACGUGGUCGCAUCCUCUGCCAGUUUGCAAAAUCAAUUCAUGUCCCGACCCGGGAACGCCGAAAAAUGGUGGGCGCGGUGGCGUUCUACACCGUUUUGAGUACAAGACCAACGUUUCCUUCCACUGUGACGUCGGAUACUAUAUGAGCGGCAGCCCUUAUCUCGAAUGCUAUGCCAACAAGACGUGGUCGCAUCCUCUGCCAGUUUGCAAGAUCAAUUCAUGUCCCGACCCGGGAACGCCGAAAAAUGGUGGGCGCGGUGGCGUUCUACACCGUUUUGAGUACAAGACCAACGUUUUCUUCCACUGUGACGUCGGAUACAAUAUGAGCGGCAGCCCUUAUCUCGAAUGCUAUGCCAACAAGACGUGGUCGCAUCCUCUGCCAGUUUGCAAGAUCAUCAGCUGUGGCGUUCUCGUUGCCCCGCCAGGCGGAUCGGUGAGCUUCAACCAGACGACGUACGGGAGCAGCGCGUGGUACUCGUGUGAUCCCGGCUACAACAUGUCCGGAUCGGCAACUAGCACAUGCCUUGCCAAUAGUACCUGGUCGGCAAAACCUCCGACAUGUGAAAUUGUGAAAUGUUCCCACCCUGGCAUAGGCUGGCACUCAACGGUACGCAGUGUUGGUGGUAGCGGUGGUGGUGGUGGCGGUGGCGGCGGCGGUGGUGGUGGGCCGUUUACGUACGGCACAGAAUUACGGUAUGGUUGUGAUGUCGGUUACACUCUCGUUGGGUCGAGUAGCCUGCGGUGCACGGCUCAAAGGACGUGGUCUCGCGCCGUCCCAGUGUGUGUAGUGAACGUGUGUUCAGAUCCGGGAGCUCUCAGCAAUGCUUCGCGGGUUGUCUACGGUCUCGAGUACGGGCACAACAUCACGUUCCGCUGUGACCCAGGGUUCAAUAUGAGCGGCAGUGGAUCUCUCGAGUGCUACGCCAACCAGACCUGGUCUUAUCCUCUACCAGUAUGCACACGAAUCACGUGUCCGUUUGACGCAGUUGCCAAUGGCUCAGUACGAUACAGCGAUGGAUUGUUCUUUAACAGCACAGCACUGUUCGCCUGUGACUUUGCGUUUCUGCUGAAUGGCACGCAGUCCAGCACAUGCUUGGGCAGCGGCCAGUGGUCGAGGGAAUUCCCCACAUGUCAACUUGCUACGUGUGCCUUGCCUAGGGCACCCGUGAACGGUUCACGCUACGUGCAAGGCCUCGAGUUCCAGCAGAACGUUACGUUUUCCUGCGACGACGGUUUCCUGCUGAGUGGCACGGCCACGCUGACGUGCACUUCACGCGAAGUCUGGUCUCACCGAAUACCACAAUGCCAUCGCAUCACAUGCAGUGCUCCUGAUCCGCUGCGACAUGGCUAUCGUGCAGUACAGCCCAACGCUGCUCUGUAUUACAAUGACACAGUGGUAUCAUCAUGUAUCCAUGGUUACUAUCUUGAUGGGCCGGCAGUGAGCACGUGUGUGGGAGACGGGUACUGGGAGCCCGACAACCAAACAUGCAAAAAUGUUAUUUGCCGCGACGCUCCUGGCAUACCGGAUAACGGCGCCCGAACAUUGGCCGGCAAGGCGUAUGGCGACGUCGUGACGUACUCCUGUCGUCAGGGUUACCGUCUGAGCGGCGCGUUGACGAGCACCUGCACGCAGCAGGGUACCUGGUCACCGACACCUGUCUGCCUGCCAAUCCAAUGCACUGACCCGGCUCCUCCGAGCAACGGCAUUCGCUUGCUGAACGGCACGUCGGUGGGCAGCGUGGUACAGUUCUUCUGCAACGCCGGGUUCUUUCUCGUCGGCCGUCAGGUACGCACCUGCUUGAUCAACGGCAGCUGGUCCAUAGCACCGGCCGCUUGUCAUCGUCCUGCCUGCUUGAUCAAUCCGUGCGCGCACAACGGCACUUGUCAAGCUAUGCCGGACGGCUACACAUUCCUGUGCAAGUGCGUUGCACAAUGGACCGGGCACACAUGCAAGCUCGCCGUGGAUACAACGGGCGAGGAUACAGGAGCGAACAAGAACGACAAUUUGAAGCCCGAAACGUACAUCGCCGCCUCGGCCGGAGGAGCGGUGGCUCUCGUCCUCGCCUUGCUGGUGUUCGCGCAUAGGCGACACCGCAACGCCGGCGGUGCAUCGUCAUCGUCGGCGGCAACAACCUCUGGAAAUGUCGUCAAAGUGGAGAGCAGACGGCGGCUUGGCAAAGGCCAGCUGACUAUCGACACUGACGUGUUCGAGUACUCGGACAACACUCUAAGCACAGGCGAUCGCGUGAUAGAGGUAGCCGGCCGCAGCAUGGUCAUCGGGCGCGGCAAGUGGGGAUCGCAGAUGCACGUCUACGACAACAGCUCGGCCGUGGACGACGACUGGAGCUCGGUGGAUUCUGCGCAGCCCGGCACCGGAUAUGUAGCAUCCGGUCAUGUGACAGCAGGUCAUGUGACAUCCGGCCAUGUGACAGCCAGACAUCCUGGUAGCAAUGUACAGGAGAGGAAAGCUAGAUCGGGCGCACUACCGGUUAGCUCGUUGGCGCGGCAGCCGGCGGCGGACGACACUUACGAACUGGACGUGCACCGGUACUCGGCGCCUCCUAAGCGCCCUGGCUCGGGUGACGAUGAUUUCCCUGCUGAUGACCCGUCUGUGUGUGCGUUGGAUGUCGUGGUGUCCCCGAAGGACGCCGGCAGCAACGGUGAGCUGCUCUACGACCAUGGUGGUCUGUGUAUCCUCUCCAGCGACUUGUCCGCCCAAACCGACGUCACCAUGUCGGACAAUGGAUCGCUGAAGAACAGCGGCGCGUAUUCGCGACACACAGCCGGUAAUCGGGCGUGCAUGAACGAAGCCGCGGGUGCUGUCUCGGCGCAGCAUCGUGAAGCUGGUGGUCAGAUGUAUGACGACAACAACGGCAUGGAGGGGAACAUUGUGGCCACCUGCUCCGCCGAGAGCAUCAGCGUAGUGCCAGCCGCCGCACCGCCCGUCCUGCCCACUAGCACGCACGGGAAACUGACUACAGUCCCCUUCUCUCCUGUGAGAACGGAUUCUGCUGCUUGCGGUGCAGCGGCAGCGAGUGCUCCAGGCGGUGGACAACAGAACAGGGCAAGCUCUGAGCAAACGUCAGCCACCACUGUAAAGGGUGUCUUGAAGAUGAUGUUCCAGAAACUCCCCUACAGAACCGCCUCCGCUACCACCGCAACAUCAUACACAAUGACGGAUACAAAGAAGGUCAGGGCCGACAAUGGGUGGGCACCGCAAUCCACAGCAGCCGACAAGAGGAAGACAAAGCCAGCGGGCAGCAGUGGUGGCUGGAAUUUCAUGGACAAGCGACGCGGGUCGGAACUGAUCGACCUUCUGGCAUUUGCCUCGGAAGGAGACGGAGAACAGACGGCUUCCACCGUGUCGAACAUAAUAGAAGAAACGAUCGUGUGUGUAGCCGACUCACAAUCUGAUGGCAAUCUGUAUGAAGACGAGGUGUUCGGCGCAGCUGUCCUCGGCAGAGGCUCGACCUCGGCUCCAGGUGGCCAAGAUAAGGUGAACAGGCAGCCGCAGGCGACGAACCAAUACCAAAACGGAGGCGACUCGACCACAGCUCUCUACGAAGAUGAAGAUUUUGGCGCAGCUGUUCUUGGCCUAGGCUGGGGCCCCGUACCAGGCGGUAAUGCUGGAAACUCUACGGCGACUUCGUCUGGACUUCAGCAAGGUAAGGUCCUGAACAGGCAGCCGCAGGCAACGAACCAAUGCCAAAACGAAGGCGACUCGACCGCAGCUCUCUACGAAGAUGAAUACUUUGGCGCAGCUGUUCUUGGCCUGGGCUGGGCCUCGGUUCAAAAUGGUACCAUUAGUGAUGCAAACUCCACGACAUCCUCGUCUGCGAGGUACACAUCUGGACUUCAGCAAGACAUUGUGUUGAAAAGGCAGCAGCAGGCGACGAGCCAAUACCAAAAUGGUGACGACUCGACAGCAGCUCUUUACGAAGAGGAGGAUUUUGGUGCAGCGGUCCUUACGCAGGCUUGGGGAAACCAGUACGCAAGCAGGGCAGUCGCUACUGCGGCCAACGCUACGCCUAGCGACUCGACCGCAGCUCUCUACGAAGAUGAGGACUUUGGCGCUGCGGUGCUGAUGCAGGCUCGGGGAAACCAGUACGCAAGUAGGGUGACCAAUGCCGCUGUCGCUACAUCACCGCGCCUGCUUCUCCAGGCCACCGUGGUGGAGGACGACACAGCGGUGGGGGCCAUCUACGAGGACGAGGACUUUGGAGCUGCCCUGCUCGAAUCUGCUCAAGACUAUAGCCGAGUUAGUAAAGUUGGUGCUAGCCCCGUUGCUAGGCACGUGCCACAGACACCGCAGCAGCAACAACGACCACCGUGUCUUCUCGGCAACGAAGACAGCCAGAGUUGCUAUGGUAACAGCACGCAGGACGAUGCCGUCAAGAAUGACGCAGGAGAGGAGACGUAUGGUGUUGUGGAUGCAGUGGAUGCAGCAGGCGUAUGCGCCGAUGAAUGCAUGUACGAAGAUGAAGGCUCCGUUCUAAGUGGUCUUGUUGCUGCACAACACGCAAGAAGCCAAUUGCCUAAGAACACAACCGCACUUGAUGGGAAGGCAGCCACUGCAAACUCAUCAUUCAAACCUCCAUCAUUGUUCCUUGCCAACGACGACAGCCAGAGCUGCUAUGGCAACAAUACACAUGACGACAACACCAGCUGCUAUGGAAACACGGAAAACGACAAUGCUAGCUGCUAUGGAAACACAGAAAAUGAUGCAACCAGUUGCUAUGGAAAUAUGGAUAAUGGCAGUUGCUAUGGAAACAUGGAUAAUGCAAGUUGCUACGGAAACACGGAUAAUGCUAGUUGCUAUGGAAACACGGAUAAUGCCAGUUGCUAUGGAAAUGCGGAUAAUGCUAGUUGCUAUGGAAAUGUGGAUAACGUCAGUUGCCAUGGAAAUAUGGAAAAUGCCAGUUGCUAUGGAAACAUGGAUACUGCCAGUUGCUAUGGAAACACAGAGAAUGACACUGGCAGUUGCUAUGGCAACCUGGGCAGCAUAAACAGCUGCAGAGCUAGUUUCCAUGGAAAUGUGGUGGACAACUCCGCCAGUUGCUAUGGCACUGUGCCAAGCGUAUCACAAACGAAUGCGAUUUACGACAAUUGACUUGCGUAAUUGUUUUGUUGUGUGUCUAGGUCUUGGUGGCGUACGAAGGCCAUCCGCUCCCGGACUUUAGAAGAGUUUGUUGCGGGUUCUCCCACUGCUACCAUGUGAAACCGUGCAGUAGUCUCGCGUGCCUCCGAUAGUCGCCAGCCCGCAGAUACAGCUAUCUACGCUUAGGGUGCAUGAAUUUUCGACUGCUUGUAUUUGCCGAAUUGCCACUGCCCUCCCACCCCCCACCCCACCCCGUGUAGGAGUUCCUAGCUAAUCAACCCUGUCGGUGCUGCCCAGUGUCGCCAGCUAAGCAGCCGCGUUGAAUCUUUCCUCGAGUCUCAUGUUUAUACUGAUGUCUUUAGUUUAACUUUUAUAGAGUAUAAUAUUUCUUCAUCAAGCACUACACCCUCACAACGCUCUGUAUGGGGCCGAAUGCUCUGUACAAGGUCCAAUGCUCUGUACAAGGCCGGAUGCUCUGUACAAGGUCAAAUGCCCUGUACAAAGCCGAAUGCUCUGUACAAGGUCGAAUGCUGCUGUUUACCUACCCCCUUAUUUAUUUCUGGUAGUGAUAACGAGGUACGAGGAACAGACUAGAUCUCGCCACCCGAACUGAUCCUCACUAACUGAGUACUUCGAAGCAGCAAGCCCGUUAAGACGGGUAUCGCAGCCCGUCCCUUGAUAUGUGCGCCUAGGGUUGUCUAUAGCUUCGCCCCCACCAUUAGCACUAGUCCGCCCGUUGAACUCCAGCAACGGUGCAACAACACCAUGCAUGCUGCUGACUGCAUGCUGCUGGGGCCGUUGUCUGCUGCGCCUGUCGUCUUAUGUCUUCUCAUACACUGGAACAAGGGAUCUGAUAAUUAUGUAGUAGCUUUUCCAUCGCAAACGCCUGCUCAACCGAGUUGACAUGCCCGCUGAGCUCGGUCAUUAUACGUUUUUUAACUGAAUUUACUACUAGUGCAUUAUGAGGUCAUUAUAAGUAAUAAUUUUUCGACUCCAGGAUGCGGAUGAUA